UGUAAUUAGACAACACGGAAAUAGUCCUACAUAUUUCUCAGUUAAAUUUUAUCAACUUUUAUUUUUAAGUGUUUUAUUUUUGAGGUGAAACGUCCACAAAUUUUUAUGCACCUGCUGAAAAGAGCCUUGCAAGCUGUGGUUAUAAAACAUAUAAACAGACAGCGGUUUAAACAAACAAUGAGUUCCGAGGACGACACCGUUAGCUGGCGAGGGGUGCCAAUAACAGAGAUUUAUGGAUCGCAAAGUCCUUGGGGCGCUCCAGAAUUCCCGCUAAUCGUGCCGUCGUACAACCAUGCAGUUUUAUACCACAUCCCUAGCAUGGGACGGUCGCCAGACGAUGUCCCGCCUAAACCGAAAACAGGCACCGAUGUAUGGAACCAUGAUUUUGUGAGAAUGCCAUAUUCUAGCCAAAGCUUGUAUCCAGUUGAAGAUAGAAAUGGAGAAACUCAUUUGAAGAAACGGUGGGAAAUCAUAGAGAGUGCGCUAUCAAAGCCAAUUCGUAACAGCAAAGAACUUGCCGAUGCAAUACUAUCAUACAAUACAAAAUUUCAAACUGCGUGGAAGUUCAAAGCUCUUCAUAAGCUCUUUGACCAUGCAACACAGGAACCGGUCUAUUUCACUGUCACAGCAGCAAAUCUCAAGUUUACUGGCUAAUGCUUUCUUCUGUACAUUCCCACGACGAAACACAACCAAAAAAGAAUCAGAAUAUGCUUCAUAUCCUUUCAUAAAUUUCAACAGGUUAUUCAAUGCUUCACCAUCAGAUUCUGUGCUAGAGAAACUCAAAUGCAUCUGCCACUAUUUUAGAAGGGUAUGCACAAAAGUGCCGUCCGGCGUAGUGACGUACUCCCGGCGGACGGUGCCGCCGGACAGAUGUCCGGCGUGGGCCGCCUCGCAGCGAUCGCUGGCGGCGCUGCCGUUGCAUGUGGAUUCCCACACUACAAUUGAGGACGCCGAUGGAUUGAUACAAGUGGACUUUGCUAACAAGUUCCUAGGCGGCGGAGUACUAAAUUUUGGCUGUGUCCAAGAAGAAAUUAGAUUCGUAAUAUGCCCAGAGCUGAUGCUUUCAAUGCUGUUCACUGAGAUGAUGAAGCCUAACGAAGCACUCAUGAUGAUAGGUUGUGAAAGAUACAGCAAGUACUCCGGCUACGGCGGUUCGUUCCACUGGAGCGGAGACUUCAAAGACACCACUCCCUUCGACUCGUCAGGCCGCCGCCGAUGCGCCGUGCUGGCCAUCGACGCCUUGCCCUACAGCAGCAUCAGGCAUGAGCACACCCGCGACAUGAUCACCAGGGAGCUUAAUAAGGCCUGGAUCGGCGUAUCCUACGCCACCGACGAGUCGGCCACUAGCCUACAAUACCCGGGCGUAGCGACUGGCAACUGGGGUUGUGGCGCGUUCGGCGGAACACCACGUCUCAAGGCGCUCGUACAGUUAGCUGCGUGCGCGCACGCUAGGCGACCAGUCGCGUACUACACGUUUGGAGACGCGCGUCUUAGGGACGAUAUAGUGGCUGUGUAUAAUUUGCUGGCCAGGCAUAAUGUUACUGUUGGACAACUAUACAACUACAUAAUGAAGUACACGAGCACAGACGUCAGGCGGUGCGAGCUGCCUUCGUUCCUGCAGCAGGCGUUGCUCGACGAUGAGGCGAAGGCUUCUAAUACGGCGCCCGCUGACGUCACGUCGCCCGGUCCGUCGAAUAAAAUGGACAUGAGUGAAGAUCUAUCAGAGUCAGUCCUAAAGGAGUUUCUCAAUGAAUCACCAGACUUAUUUUCACAAAGCGAAUACGAUCAGGAUCACAGUAUGACUGAAGUUAAAAUAAAUAUGCCCGAACCCAUGGACGAGUCAGAUAACAGAGAAUCAAGUAUGUCUCAAGACAAAGAAACUAAAUCUUCUACAUGCAAACCAUUUUGCAACCCAAGUUACGUAAAAGAAGGCGAAGAUAAACAAAAUAAGUCCUCACAUAGUGAAUUGUCGGCUAAAAGAAGUUUAUUUGGCGAUGUAAAACCUAGAAAAAGCAUUAACACUGAACAUACAUCAAGCCUGUUGGAUGAAAUGCGAAAAUUCGACGAAGAAAAUGGCGACCUGAAUUUGACAGAUCCUGUUACGUCUCUCAAAAGAAGUGCGGAACCCAUGGAUGCGUCGGAUAAUAAAGAAUUGGAUAAAUGUCAAGACAAAGAAAAAGCUUCCAAAAACAAGCAAUCUUAUUCCUCACAUAGUUUGGACAAGAUUCAAAUAAUCGAUGAAGAUAAUAGUAAACAAAACCAGGGUACACUAAAAACGUCAUUACCGACAUUAAGAAGAAACCUCUUUGAAACCGGAGUGAAUGAAACGCAAAAGGUUUGUGCAGAUGACAAGUCGAAGUGUUUUGCCACGUUGCCGCUCAAAAGAACUGCGGAAUCGAAACUAAACAAAAGUGUAUGUUCAGAAGAAGAAAGAAUCCGGUACGACGUAACUCCAGAGGCGAAGAAAAAAAUGGCCAUGAAAAUCACGGACUACUUCAGUAAGAAGUCCAUUUGAUGAUUGUUCAAGUGUCUGUGUGUUCUGAAAUUUUGCGCACUGAUGGCGCUUCUGGGUUCUCGAAUGUACUUGAAGCUGUGUUUGCUGACCUUGACGAAACCGGAAUGAUUAUGUAAGUUGCAAACCCGGUCCUUGACGAAACCGGAUUGAUUUUAUGUAAGUAACCCGGACCUUGACGAAACUGGACUGAUUUUAUGUAAAUAGAUAACCCGGUGGUGGUCAAUGAAAAUUGAUUUUACACUCGAGUAAAAUCUCUUUUUUAUAUGUUUUUUUGUAGUAUCAAUGAACAUAAUAUUAUUUUAUGUAAUGUAAUUCAAACCACAUUUUAAUAACCUGUAAAAUACCGGAUUGCCAAAAACCGAAUCCAGACCACAACUUAGUGUAAAAAAUUUGACUCACUAUGAAUUUUAAAGUAAAACGUAGCGUAAUUUAAAGAUUUAAAGGAUGUGGGAAAGGUAUGGUUGUGUGUAUGUUUUUUGAAGUAGAACAAUUUUUAUUUAUAUUUGUGUAGUUAUAGUACUUACUGGCUUUAAAUCU